AUGUUAGGUGCGACCAAACACUAGGCACAGUUAGUUCUUCAAUUCUCACCGUAACAUGUCAAACUUGUAUGCGGACCAAAACGCUGGACGUGAAGGAUCCCAAUUCUGUGUCUUCGCAUUUGCACCCUUCAGAUUCAGAGUGGGUAAAGAUCAAAAGAGAUGAAGGAAAUGGUGGUGGUUCUUUACCCAUCUCCCUGCUCCGGCCACCUUAUGUCUAUGGUGGAGCUGGCCAAGCUCAUCCUCCAUCGCCACCCCAAUCUCUCCACCACCAUCCUCACCGUUAACCCUCCGUUCUAUGUCGGCAACACCGCCCCUUACAUCGCCUAUAUUUCCAAUGAAUUUCCGGACAUCGCUUUCCUCGAGCUCUCGCCCCCUGAAUUCUCUGUCGAUCAUUCUCUAAAUCUAGAGACCCUCGUCUUUGAAUUCAUCCAUGACAGUAACCCCAGUGUCUCGAAAGCCCUCGAAUCCAUAUGUGAACAAUCUAAUAUAGUGGCUUUCAUCAUGGACCUUUUCUGUAUGACCGCUCUCGAUGUCGCCAACGAUAUGCACAUCCCGGCGCACGUCUUCUACACGUCGAGUGCUGCGGAUCUCGCCAUCUUCCUAUACACCCCCACCCUCCACUCCCGAAUUCCCAUCAGCUUCCGUGACCAAAAGGAGCUCCUCAUAGUGCCAGGCCUCCCCUUAGUGCCACCGACCAGCAUGCCAGACCCUUUACUUGACCGCACCAACAAAGCUUAUGAUUGGUUUGUCAAAGCUUGCAAUCGAAUUGCUCUCACACAAGGAAUAUUAGUCAAUUCCUUUGAUGAACUAGAGCCGCCCCGUGCCCUCCGAGCCCUAGCCUUUGGUGAGUGCACCCCUGAUGUUCCCACCCCCCCAGUCUACUGCAUUGGCCCCCUCAUCGCUGCUUCCACUAGCGGCGGUGAUGACGAUUGCCAGUGCUUGGAAUGGCUCCGCGUGCAGCCAGCUGCAAGCGUGGUGUACUUGUGCUUCGGGAGCCAAGGGACCUUCUCGCCUCCUCAAAUUAAGGAGAUUGCAAUCGGGCUCGAGAACAGCCGGCAAAGGUUCCUUUGGGUGAUACACAGCACUCGCCUCAUGCACGAACCCGACCUCGAUGCGCUCUUACCAGAGGGGUUUUUAGGGCGGACUGCUGAGUUCGGGAUGGUGAUGACGUCCUGGGCACCGCAGGUGGCGGUUCUGAACCACCCUGCGGUGGGGGGCUUUGUGACGCACUGCGGGUGGAACUCCGCCCUCGAGAGCGUGUGCGCAGGGGUGCCCAUGUUGGCUUGGCCCCUGUAUGCAGAGCAACAUCUCAACGCGUUGUUUAUGGUGGAAGAGAUGAAGAUUGCAAUGGCGAUGGAGAUAGGGGACAGCGGGUUCGUAGAUGGUGGUGCAGUGGCUCGGUGUGUGAAGGGGCUAAUGGAGUCGGAGAAGGGGAACAUGCUCAGAGACAGGAGUAAGGCCCUUAAAGAGAAAGCCGCCACCGCUUUGAGUGAGGGCGGAACAUCGCGCUUGAGCUUGGAUGCCGCGGUCGAGGCGUGGCUUGGAGCAGUGCAGCCAUGAACGCUUCUGUUAUCCCUUUCUAGGCUAGAUUCCUCCAUUGAAGGUCACAAAAGGUCUUGAUAGCUGAUUCCAAAUGGUUUUGAAGAAUAACAGUUCACCAAAACCAACCAUGUAGUCUCUAUGAAUGAAGCAAUCGUGUGGAGAUCGUCCACUAGAUUUUGUACUGCUUACUAGUGUUCUCUUAGCAAUGGUUAUAAUUGUUGCUCAUGUAACACUUGAUUUUGUAAUGCCUUUCGUUCUCUUAGCAAUGGUUAUCUGAUUUUACUAGUGUUCUCUUAGCAAUGGUUAUAAUUGUUGCUCAUGUAACACUUGAUUUUGUAAUGCCUUUAGUUCUCUUAGCAAUGGUUAUCUGAUUUUACUAGUGUUCUCUUAGCAAUGGUUAUAAUUGUUGCUCAUGUAACACUUGAUUUUGUAAUGCCUUUCGUUCUCUUAGCAAUGGUUAUCUGAUUUUACUA